AUGGCCACCCCGAUAACCCCCUCCGAAGACCAGAGCCGUCUCCUUGAGGAGGCAUUGGGAGUGGUGCGGCAGCAGUCACAGAUGAUGCGAAAAUGUCUAGAGACCCCGGGAAAAUUAAUGGAUGCGCUCAAAUGCGGGUCGACCUUAGUCUCUGAACUACGGACGCCGAGCUUAGGCCCGAAGCAAUACUACGAACUGUACAUGGCUGUGUUCGAUGCGCUGCGACACCUCUCCGUUUACCUGAAAGAGAACCAUCCCGUCAACCACUUAGCGGACCUGUAUGAACUGGUCCAGUAUGCCGGUAACAUUAUCCCGCGACUCUAUCUGAUGAUCACUGUCGGCACUGUAUACAUGUCUGUGGAGGAUGCCCCGAUUAAAGAGAUCAUGAAGGAUAUGAUGGAGAUGAGCCGAGGCGUACAGCAUCCUAUUCGAGGACUUUUCUUGAGGUACUAUCUCUCCGGACAGGCGAGGGAUCAUCUACCCACGGGAUCCGGGGACGGUCCCGAGGGUAACAUGCAAGACUCAAUCAAUUUCGUCCUGACCAAUUUCGUGGAGAUGAACAAGCUGUGGGUGCGACUUCAACACCAGGGCCCUUCUCGGGAACGGGAAAAGAGAAUGCAGGAGCGCCGGGAGUUGGAGCUUCUGGUUGGAAGCAAUGUUGUCCGACUUAGCCAGUUGGUUGACCUGGAGGGUUACAAGUCUGGUAUCCUGCAGGCUUUGCUCGAACAAGUCGUCCAAUGUCGGGAUGUGUUGGCGCAAGAAUAUUUACUGGAAGUAAUCACAAAGGUCUUCCCGGAUGAGUUCCAUCUUCACACACUCGACCUGUUGCUCUCUGCAAUUGCCCGGCUCAACCCACAUGUGGACCUGAAGAAGAUCGUCAUUGGUCUUAUGGACCGCUUGUCGGCCUAUGCGGCACGUGAGACCGAGUCGUCUGCUGAUCCAGAAUCUAGAAAGCAAAGCGAAGAAGAAGCGGUUACUAAACUGCUCGAAAACCUCAAAGUCGCAGAGGAGUCCAAGAAGGAAGUACCCGCCGAUGCCGAUGCCGAUGCUGAUACGAACGCUGCCCAGGAGAACGGCGUAGAGCAGACCUCAAAGGAGUCAGAUGAGGCCGCAACUACAAAGGAAGCAGAGGCAGAACCCAGCGCUAGCACGAACGGCGACAAAGAUGAGAAGGCUAAAAUCCCGACAGACGUCAAGCUUUACGAUGUAUUUUACGGGCAGGUGGUCAACCUAAUCAAAUCGCGUGGCCUCCCCAUCCAAGAUACCAUGGCUCUACUGGUUUCACUCGUUAAUCUUGCGCUGAACACGUAUCCCAACCAACUAGAAUACGUCGACCAGAUUCUCGAUUUCGCUACCCGCGAGACUGCGGAGUAUGCUGAUCACGCAGAUUUGCACUCUGCUCCGACACAGCAGAACCUUUUACAUCUUCUCCUUGCUCCUCUACGCUCAUACGUCUCGAUCUUCACAGCAUUGGCUCUGCCACACUAUCUUCCUCUCUUGACAGCGCAGUCCUAUACUACAAGGCGGUCCGUUGCAGGCGAGAUUGCCCGUAGCAUUCUGAAGAACCGGACGCUUAUCACCACUACGGAGAACUUGGACCGUGUGUUACAAGCGUUGAGGGUCCUGAUCAAGGAAGGCACACAGCAAGCUAUGGGACUUGGUUUGCAAGCCCAGCGCCGAGGUGAGACGGAUGAGACCAUCGAGGAACAAGGGUGGCUUGGGCGGUUAAUCCACUUUAUUCAAGCUCCAGAAAAUGAUACCCAGUUGAAGCUACUUCAAGCAACUCGCAAAGCCUACGCCGAUGGUAACGAGCGGAUCCGCUACACGACUCCAGCUCUCAUCACCGCUUCGAUACGGCUGGCACGUAAGCUGAAAUCCCGCGAGCAUUAUGAUGACAAUUGGCAGUCGCAAUCGUCGGCGCUCUACCGCUUCAUGCACCAAUGUGUCAACAACCUCUAUCAACGUGUGAACCCUGGCUGUGCUGAUCUGGCAUUACGCCUAUUCGUAAUGUGCGGUGAGGUGGCCGACCAGACAGGGUUUGAGGAAUUUAGUUAUGAGUUCUUUGCACAAGCCUUUACCAUCUAUGAGGACUCCAUCAGCGACUCCCGUGCUCAGUUCCAGGCGGUCUGCAUUAUUGCUGGCGCUCUCCAUGGAUCCCGGGGAUUCUGUAAGGAGAACUACGACACACUCAUUACCAAGGCCGCCCUGCACGGUAGCAAGUUGCUCAAGAAACCCGAUCAAUGCCGAGCGGUGUACCUGGCCAGUCACCUGUGGUGGGUUGUGGAAAACCCACAACGAGGCGAGGACGAUCCCAAGAACCUUUACCGCGACGGUAAGCGCGUACUUGAAUGUCUUCAACGUGCUCUCCGCGUUGCGGACGCCUGCAUGGACACCGCUGUGUCCGUUGAGCUCUUCGUCGAGAUCCUAAACCGCUACGUCUACUACUUCGAUCAACAGAACGAAACCGUAACCACCAAAUAUCUCAACGGCCUCAUCGAGCUCAUCCACUCUAACCUGCAAACGAACGAAGACGAGCCAAACCCCAGCUUGGAGGGACCCAUACGCCACUUCCAGCGCACCUUGGACUACAUCCGGUCAAGAGAGUAUGAAGGUGUUGUGACGGAGUUUAAGCAGUGA